AUGGCGCAACUUCUGCGCCUUAUGAUGGAAGACCGUGAGGCAGCCCGUGCAGAGCGCCAAGCUAACGUUGCUACCCUUCAGCACCUAGCUCAGCUUGCUACCGAAAAUGCCAACAACAAUAAUGGCGGGAAUGAAAAUGGAGACCCCCGCUCCAAGCUGAAGGAUUUCCAGAGCACCAACCCUCCUGUCUUCGCCAAGUGCACUGAACCCCUUGACACUGAUGAUUGGCUUCACACCAUAGAGAACAACUUGGAGGCUAUUCAAGCUGAAGGACACGUCAUCAACUGGGAAGAAUUCAAGGCCAAGUUCCGCAAGACCCACAUUCCUUCCGGGUUGAUCAAGCUCAUGAAGGACAAGUUCAUGAAUCUGAGGCAAGGAAGCAUGUCUGUUGUGGAAUACAUGGACAAGUUCACCACACUGUCCAGGUAUGCUCCAGAAGACACCGACACCGAAGAGAAGAAGAAGGACCGCUUUCUGAAUGGUUUGCAUGAUGAGAUGCAGAGUAUCCUUGUGGCUGUUCCAUACCCCGACCUUGAGUCACUGGUAGAUGCCUCUGUCAUGGUUGAGAGAAAGCGCAAGAAUGCGUUUGAAAACCGAAAGCGCAAGGCAAUGCUGCAGCAAGGCAGCUCUAGUACUCAGCGACCCCGCAGUUUCCCUCCACCGAAGCUGGCGCCCCAGCCACAGAGGGCACCAACCCCUGCACCUCGCCCCAACAACCCCAAUCGCAACUACAACCCUCAGCGUUCCAACGCAAGCAACUUCAAUCCCAAUUACAACCGUCCCAAUAACACCAUGUGCCCUAACAAGGCGACCACUGAGCAGCGCCCCAAUGCGCCCAAGCCAAAUCAGGGACAAGCUCGCACUGCUGCCGGGAGGAACCAGAACCAGAAGAAGUCAGCUGGACCAUCCAGAGGUCAUCUGAACCAUGUCAAUGCCAAGGAAGCUCAGGAAGCUCCGGAUAUUGUUUUGGGUAUGUUCCCUGUCAACUCAGUACCCUCCACUGUCUUGUUUGAUUCCGGAGCAUCGCACUCGUUUGUUACCAAGCCGUUCGCUAGAAAGAGUGGUUUGAGACCUACAAUCAUGCAACGGCCUAUGUUAGUCCAAAUCCCGGGAGCCUCCACCAAAACAGAUUUGUCCUGCAAGGAAGUUCCCAUAGAUAUUCAGGGGAAGCGUUUCCACGCCAAUCUGAUAGUGUUGGGUGAGCAAGGUCUGGAAGUUAUUUUAGGUAUGGAUUGGAUGGUAAAGUAUAAGGGUCAUAUAGACUGUGCUCGUCGAGCCAUAACCCUGACUGCUGAGGACGGCGAUGAAGUUGAACAUGUGGCCACCAUGCCAUCAUCGAAGGCCUUAUGCAAGAAGAGUGUCGCCAGUCCAGCCCUGCAUGAAGUACCCAUAGCUUGUGAGUAUCCUGAGGUUUUCCCCGAUGAGCUGCCCGGUAUGCCCCCUGAUCGGGAUAUCGAGUUUAUCAUCGAGCUAGUCCCCGAAACUGCCCCCAUCGCUCAGCGACCCUACCGGAUGAACCCUCAAGAAUUAGUUGAGUUGAAGAAGCAGUUGGAUGACAUGUUGAGGAAAGGGCUGAUUCACCCGAGCACAUCACCUUGGGGAUCUCCCAUUAUCUUUGUGGAUAAGAGGGACGGUACUAUCCGCCUAUGCGUGGAUUACCGGAAACUGAAUGAUGUCACCAUCAAGAACAAAUACCCCCUUCCCAAGAUUGAAGACCUGUUUGACCAGAUGAAUGGAGCCCGAGUUUUCUCUAAGAUAGAUCUCCGAACUGGUUAUUGA